AUGGCUGCUUUAUUUAACCAUGGACUUUGUUGCUCAAUUCACUCCUGGACUCCAUCUUUUACAGCUGUGAUCAAAGAACCUGUGCCACCCACAAUUGCAGAAAGUGAGAAUGUGAAAAGAGCUAUAGUACUGGAAAAAAAUGUUCACACACUGUGUCUAGAAGUUACAGAACCUGAUGCAGAUGAUGAGAUUACUGGGGAAAGGGAUGCUUACAUGGCAAGUGUAUUGUCCAAAUACAAAAAAUCAUUGACUGAAAGGACAAAACAUCAUUUAGGUUACCCUUAUAAUUUGGAUUUCGACUAUGGUGCACUCUCUCAACUUCAACACUUCUCCAUAAAUAACCUGGGAGAUCCAUUCAUUGAAAGCAAUUAUGGAGUCCACUCCCGGCAGUUUGAAGUUGGUGUUUUGGACUGGUGUGCCCGGUUAUGGAAAAUAAAGAAAGAUGAGUACUGGGGCUAUAUGAUAAACUGUGGUACUGAGGGCAAUCUGCAUGGCAUCCUAGUUGGGAGACAGGUCCUUCCGGAUGGGAUUUUGUACGCCUCACAAGAAUCACAUUAUUCUGUAUUUAAAGCUGCACGUAUGUACAUAAUGGAUUGUAUGAAGAUUGUAACUCUUCAUACCGGAGAGAUUGAUUGUAAUGAUUUCAAGGCCAAGCUGCUUCUUCACAAAGAUAAGCCAGCUAUUGUAAAUGUGAUCAUAGGUACAACUGUUAAAGGAGCAGUGGAUGAUCUUGAUCUGGUGAUAAAGACACUUGAAGAUACUGGAUAUUCACGUGACAAAUUCUAA